UUAGAAGGGAGGAGGGGAGAAAGGGGAAAGCAUUCCCAGUUCUACUCCAAAGAGGUUUUGAGAAAUAGCAAGCUAACCUGUGUGCAUUUUGUGUUCUGGGUGUCCGGUUACGGCAACACAGCUAUGAAGUGGGCCUCCCUCUUCUUGCUCUGUGGAUACCUGCUCAUGAUUGAAGGUGUUCUACUUGCUGUAGCCACUAAACAAUUUCGAGAUGUGAUGACUCGCGGUAGCUCACUUCCUCAGAGCAAGUUCCACAACAAGCUAAAUAGCUGGUCUUCUGAUCAUAAUGUCUGGAAUGAGAAGCUUUACCCUCAUUGGGAGGAAGGAGACCCUAGAUGGGAAAACUGUUGGAAAGGGGGGAAAGUAGUAGCCACACUGACCAGCGACAGCCCAGCUCUAGUAGGAUCCAAUGUGAGCUUCAGUGUGAUCCUGAAGUUCCCCAGAUGUCAAAGAGAAGAUAACGACAGCAAUAUAGUAUAUGACAGAUAUUGUGUAAAUGGUUCUGUUUAUUCAUAUUUUCCGGACCAGUAUGUUUACAACUGGACACAAUGGAUAAAUAACUGUGGUUCAGAAAAUUGUACGUAUAACAACAGUUACAAUGUCUUCCCGGACGGCAGGCCUUUCCCCUACCAUCAUGACUGGAGGAGAAAAAACUUUGUCUAUGUGUUUCACACGCUUGGCCAGUAUUACCAAAAGACAGGAGGUUCUUCAGCUAUUGUGUCAAUCAACACAACAAACAUCACUGUUGGCAAACAAUUCAUGGAAGUGUCUGUUUACAGAAGGGGUUAUCGUUCAUUUGUACCAGUAACUGCAGCAAGUAUUAUUUAUGUUGUAACAGAUACAGUCCCUUUUUAUGUGAACAUUUCCCAGAAGAAUGACCGCAAUACUUCAGACCACAUCUUCAUCAAGGAUAUCCCUAUUACGUUUGAUGUUCGCAUUCAUGAUCCCAGCCAUUACCUAAACCACUCUGUUAUUUCCUACCAUUGGAAUUAUGGGGAUGGCAGUGGUCUGUUUGUUUCCAACAGUUCUGUUUCAAUGCAUACGUACAGACUCUCUGGGAAUUUCAGUCUAGGCCUGUCUGUGCAGGCUGUGAUUCCCGGACCGUGUGGACCGGUGACACCUCCCCCACCACUACCUACCAGCCCAGGAGUACCUACCCAGUUGCCACCUAAUAUGACAAUUACCACCUCUAGCAGCUUGACAGAAUUGUCAACUGAACAGCCUCUUGCGGAAGGAUGCCACAUUACUCGAUAUGGGGCUUACAAAGCACCACUCUUCAUUACCGAGGGAAUCCUUGAAGUAAAUAUUAUUCAAAUGACAAGUGUCCAGUUGGCAGCCACUGAAACUGAAAACUCCAUGGUUGAUUUCAUGGUAACCUGUCAAGGAAGUCUUCCAACAGAUGCCUGCACAAUCAUUGCUGACCCCACGUGCCAGGUUUUACAGAGUGAGGCAUGCAAUCCUGUCAACGUUGCUGAUGUGUGCUUGCUGACCAUCAGAAGAGUCUUCAAUGAAUCAGGAACCUACUGUGUAAACAUCACCCUGGGUGAUGCUGCAAGCUUGGCUCUCACAAGUGCUCUGAUAUCCAUCAGCGGAGAUGGAGGGUCAUUUUCAAGAACUGCAGAAGGAGUUCUAAUUGCCUGUGGAUUCUUAGUGGUAUGUGCUGCUGCCUUGGCCUACUUCCUUUACAAGAGAUACAAAGAAUACAAGCCUGUUGAACAGAAGAGAGAACAUGAGACAACUAGUGAAGGACUGAGUGUUUACUUUAACAACGUCAAGGCUGUUCUUUUCCCAGCCAACAAUGAGAGAGAUCCUCUGUUGAAAAGCAAGCUAGGAAUUGUCUAACACCAGUGUAACCUUUUCUAUUUCCAUACAUUUGGGGCUUUACGUUCCAUCGUUCUUCAGUAAAAGAGUAUUUAAUCACUAAAAUGUGGGGUUAGAUGGGAAGUUUGUAUUACAUGCAGGAUAAUGGCUGGUGUUCAAUUCAUUUGGAGUGUAACAUGGCACCCUGUGAAGAAACUGAACAUUUUUGCAUACAGUACUUAUGUUCUUUAAUAUGCUACCAGUAUAUUAGCUAAUAAACUGUUUAAAUGUA